UCUCACGUGACCAAGAGCUGACGUGUGCAGAAGUCCUUCUUGUUCUGGUCGUUGUUCCCGUCUGAGUACCAGCUCCCCAUUGCCCUGAGGGCGAGCGAGCCUGAGGCAGAGGGAAGAAGGAGGAGGAGAAGGAAACUGUCCCGGAUCCCUGCAGUGGGUCCGAUCCUCUCCCAGUUGCCAGUGUUUCCAUAGUUUGCGACACUACGCCAGUCAAGUGAAGAGGAAGGAAAUUAACCCUGAUCAGUGAAGGUCGAUUUGAGGGUCUGCUGUAGCAGGUGGCACCACUUGAAGCAAGGGAGGAAGUUUCCUGGGACCAGUAGAGGUUCACCUCCAGUAUCAGCUAUUGUGACCUUGAAGCUGCUGAAGACGAUUACCCUCCACAGGCCUGCACCCAGGCCCAUAGCUCUUCCCUAGCCUGAGUGACUACUCGGUUCCUUGGUCCCUGCUAUUGUCAGGGACGAUUGCAUGGGCUACGCCAGGAAAGUAGGCUGGGUGACUGCGGGACUGGUGAUUGGGGCUGGUGCCUGCUACUGCAUUUAUAGACUGACCUGGGGAAGAAAACAGAACAAAGAGAAAAUGGCUGAGGGUGGGCCUGGGGAUGUGGAUGAUGUCGGAGGCUGUCCUGGGGCCAGGUACAAUGACUGGUCUGAUGAUGAUGAUGACAACAGUGAGAACAAGGGUAUAGUAUGGUACCCACCUUGGGCCCGGAUUGGGACUGAAGCUGGGACCAGAGCUAGGGCCAGGGCAAGGGCCAGGGCUACCCGGGCUCGUCGGGCUGUUCAGAAACGGGCUUCCCCCAACUCAGAUGAUACUAUUUUGUCCCCCCAAGAGCUGCAAAAAGUUCUUUGCUUGGUUGAGAUGUCUGAAAAGCCUUAUAUUCUUGAAGCAGCUUUAAUUGCUCUGGGUAACAAUGCUGCUUAUGCAUUUAACAGAGAUAUUAUUCGUGAUCUGGGUGGUCUCCCAAUUGUUGCAAAGAUUCUCAAUACUCGGGAUCCCAUUGUUAAGGAAAAGGCUUUAAUUGUCCUGAAUAACCUGAGUGUGAAUGCUGAAAAUCAGCGCAGGCUUAAAAUAUACAUGAAUCAAGUGUGUGAUGACACAAUUACUUCUCGCUUGAACUCAUCUGUGCAGCUGGCUGGACUAAGAUUGCUUACGAAUAUGACUGUUACUAAUGAGUAUCAGCACAUGCUUGCUAAUUCCAUUUCAGACUUUUUUCGUUUAUUUUCAGCGGGAAAUGAAGAAACCAAAUUUCAGGUUUUGAAACUCCUUUCAAAUUUGGCUGAAAAUCCAGCCAUGACUAGAGAACUGCUCAGGGCCCAAGUACCAUCUUCACUGGGUUCUCUCUUUAAUAAGAAGGAGAACAAAGAGGUUAUUCUGAAACUUCUGGUCAUAUUUGAGAACAUAAAUGACAAUUUUAAAUGGGAAGAAAAUGAGCCUAUUCAGAAUCAAUUCAGCGAAGGUUCACUUUUUUCCUUUUUAAAAGAAUUUCAAGUGUGUGCUGAUAAGAUUCUGGGGAUAGAAAGUCACCAUGAUUUUUUGGUCAAAGUAAAAGUUGGAAAAUUCAUGGCCAAAGUGGCUGAGCAUAUGUUUCCAAAGAGCCAGGAAUAACUUCUUGAUUUUGUAGUUUAGAAGCAACAUUGUAAACUAUUCCUUUUCUCCACCUUGUUUAUAUGGUAAAGGAAUCCUUUCAGCUGCCAAUCUUGAGUAAUGAAUAUCAUAUUGUAUCAUCAAUGCUGAUAUUUAUCUGAGUUGGUCUUCAGGUCUAAGCUGGAUGAAUGAAUAUCACCACCUGUUCUGAAAACAUGUUUGUUGCUUUUUAUCUCGCUAUCUGGAUUGAAAUAUUUUUACUAUUUCUUCUGCAUAAGUGACAGUGAACCAAUUGGUCCUAAGUAAGCUCCCUCCUGUCAUUUGCAUUGAUUUCAUUUGUGUAUCAUUAAUAAAGUUGUGUGUUAAUGCUGGGAA